GCGUGUGACGUAUAUUUGAGUCGCCGGGUAGCGGUAGUUUUCGGGUCACCGUUUGGAGGACAGCUAAGAUGGCUCUGACGGUGGUCCGGUUCCUCUUCCCAGCGGGAUCAGCUGCUGUCAGAGUGAGGAGCGUCGUUCAGAAGAGUGACUCUGUGAUGCAGGCAGGUAUCCAUACGAGCACGGUGAGGAGCCUGCAGUACGGCUGGUGGGCCUACGCUCUGGGUGAGAGGACGACUCCACGGCUGAAGCAGUACAGCAAAAUCAUCUCUGUGGACGGCAACUUGGCCUCAGGGAAAGGGGCGCUGGCCCAGAAGCUGGCUGACAAACUGGGGAUGCUCUAUAUGCCUGAGGCAGACAUCUUCUACCUGGACAAGAUGACUAAGGAGAAGGAGUCCCUCCCUCUUGACUUUAAUGGGAUGUGCAGCCUGGAGAAGUUCUACACAGACCCUACAGCUGCUGAUGGGAACAGCUACAGGCUGCAGCUGUGGAUGUACGUCAUGAGGCUGAUGCAGUACUCGGAUGCCAUAGAGCAUCUGCUCACCACAGGCCAAGGAGUAGUCCUGGAGCGGUCUCCGUUCAGUGACAUGGUCUUCCUGGAUGCCAUGUUCAAACAGGGUUACAUCAGGAAGGAAUGUGUGGAGCACUACAAUGAGAUCCGAAAUAUCAGCAUCUGUGAGUUCCUCCCUCCUCACCUCGUCAUAUACGUUGACCAGCCAGUGGAGGAGGUGCAGAAGAAGCUGAAACAGAGCGGAAAGUCCUACCUGCAGAAUGUGCCCCUCCAGUAUCUGAAGAGCAUAGAAGAUUCCUACAAAAAGGCUUUCCUCCCCAACAUCAGAGAAAAGUCAGAACUGCUGGCUUAUGAUGCAACCCAAGUUCAGGAUGUGGAGCGGGUGGCAGAGGACAUAGAGUACCUUACGUUUGAAAAGGGGCCAUGGCUGGAGCAGGAUGACGUCAGCUACCACCACAUGAGAAUGUUUGUGGAGGACAAACAAAGGGUUUCAGUCCUGACCCACAUACCCAAGUUCCUGCCUGAGAUCACCAUCGGAGCCCAUGACUAUGAUGAGAAAUACUACGCGUACAAAUCACUGCCUGGGAAGAAGUAUGCUCCCGGCUACAAUGAAGAUGUUGGAGAUAAAUACAUCUGGCUGAAGUGAAUUUUCUUUUUGUUCAGCUUUGCUGUUGGCUGUUCUGCUGAGUGAAGUCAGUCAUUCUGUUGUACAUCCGUAGUAAAAAGUAUGUAUCAAAGACAUAAAUGUCUUUUUGUUUUCACCAAUUAAAUCACAGCUGUUGGGACUUGACUCCAUUAAUAAAAGGUAAACACAUUCA